AUGGAAUUGACAACACGCGAUGAAUUGCCACCAGCAAAUGAGGCAUCAGAUCCUCGAGAAUUAUCUAUGCAACAACAACAGCUACAAGAAAGUAAUGAGGAACCAAUGAGACAAUCUUCACAAAUCAGUUAUAUCACUGAAGGAAAUUAUCCGAUCAGAUCAAGAAGAAAUAUUAGACAUAUGAGAACUAGUGGAAGACGCUUAUUACCACCACGAAGUCUACGUCGACGUCGAAGAUCGUCACAACGAUAUCUACGAUCUCGAUUAUACGGGAGAUUACGUCACGUGAACAACGUAUUUUUUUGUCAUCCUAGAAAUUAAUCAAUAAAAUAAUUGAAGUAAAUAAUUAUCAGGAAGUGGUAAAAAUUAUAUUUAAUAGUUUUGAAAGUAGAAAUAAAACUGGGAAAAUGGUUUCUUCACAACUGGACGAUGACUUGAUUCAUCGGCGAUAUUAUUAUUAUUAUGGUCCAAAAAGGGAUUUCGCUAAUCUUCGUGAUGGAAGAGUUAUACCUGAUGAAGAAAGAGAAUUGAUUCACAUUCAAUAUAUGCCUGUGAAUGAUGAUAAUGAUAGUGAUGACGACGAUAAUGAUAAUUCUGGUAAUGAAAGCAAUGAAAGAGAAAGUGAAGCGGAAACAUAUAUAAGUGAUGAACAACUUCCAUCACUAUCAGAUGAUGAUAGUAUUAUCCACUGGGACGAUGAUAUGGAUCCUAAUGAAUUGCUACCACGGUUGGUGCAUGGUGAUAACAGUGAUAACGAUGAUGAUGAAUUUGUUAACAGAAGUGGAAAUGUGACUAAUUCACGAACUGCUCAAACAAGUGAUACCACUGAUCGCAUCAUUAUGCCACCAUAUAAUAUAAGAGGGAAUUCAAUGAAUUCAUUACGAUCUCAACAAUCUCGAGGAUAUUUCUAUCCGCCAUUUCCUGACGGAAAAUGGUCAUUUGGUUACUUGUCAUGA